AUGCAACAUGGGACACUACAAAACACUGAUUGUCACACUGGGACUCAGCCACCCACUAGCUGUCUGACCCCUGCGACACAGCCACGCCGCAGGGAGCCACCCUGCAACACAGCCGGGUGCCAGAGAGCGACGCAGCCACGCAGGGUGCCAGGCAGCCCCGCAGGGUGCCAGGCAGCCCCGCAGCCAGCAGGGUGCCAGGCAGCCCCGCAGGGUGCCAGGCAGCCCCGCAGGGUGCCAGGCAGCCCCGCAGCCAGCAGGGUGCCAGGCAGCGACGCAGCCAGCAGGGUGCCAGGCAGCGACGCAGCCAGCAGGGUGCCAGGCAGCGACGCAGCCAGCAGGGUGCCAGGCAGCCACGCAGCCAGCAGGGUGCCAGGCAGCCACGCAGCCAGCAGGGUGCCAGGCAGCGACGCAGCCACACAGCCAGCAGGGUGCCAGGCAGCGACGCAGCCACACAGCCAGCAGGGUGCCAGGCAGCGACGCAGCCACACAGCCAGCAGGGUGCCAGGCAGCGACGCAGCCACACAGCCAGCAGGGUGCCAGGCAGCGACGCAGCCACACAGCCAGCAGGGUGCCAGGCAGCGACGCAGCCACACAGCCAGCAGGGUGCCAGGCAGCGACGCAGCCACACAGCCAGCAGGGUGUCAGGCAGCGACGCAGCCACACAGCCAGCAGGGUGUCAGGCAGCGACGCAGCCACACAGCCAGCAGGGUGUCAGGCAGCGACACAGCCACGCAGCAGGGUGCCAGGCAGCGACGCAGCAGGGUGCCAGGCAGCGACACAGCCACGCAGCAGGGUGCCAGGCAGCGACACAGCCACGCAGCAGGGUGCCAGGCAGCGACACAGCCACGCAGCAGGGUGCCAGGCAGCGACACAGCCACGCAGCAGGGUGCCAGGCAGCGACACAGCCACGCAGCAGGGUGCCAGGCAGCGACACAGCCACGCAGCUGGGUGCCAGGCAGCGACACAGCCACGCAGCAGGGUGCCAGGCAGCGACACAGCCACGCAGCAGGGUGCAAGGCAGCGACACAGCCACGCAGCAGGGUGCCAGGCAGCGACACAGCCACGCAGCAGGGUGCCAGGCAGCGACACAGCCACACAGCAGGGUGCCAGGCAGCGACACAGCCGGGUGUCAGGCAGUGA